ACCAAACCGGAUUUCGGGGCGCCGGCGGCGGAAUGCUUCCUUUGACAAGAUGGCGGCGGGAAGCAGUAGCGGAGAUGGCGGGCAGGGCUCGAAAAAGAAGGCCGACUCUGGCUUCCUGGGGCUGCGGCCCACUUCAGUGGACCCGGCGCUGAGGCGGCGGAAACGAGGCCCCAGAAAUAGAAAGCGAGGCUGGCGGCGGCUCGCUCAGGAGCCGCUGGGGCUGGAGGUUGACCAGUUCCUGGAGGACGUGCGGCUGCAGGAGCGCACGAGCGGUGGCUUGCUGUCAGAGGCCCCCGAUGAAAAGCUCUUCUUUGUAGAUACUGGCUCCAAGGAAAAAGAGUUGAAAAAGAAGAGGACCAAAGUCCAGAAAAAGUCGCAACUUCUCAAGAAGCCCCUUCGGGUUGACCUCGUCCUUGAUAACACAUCCAAGAUCCCUGCCCCCAAAGACAUCCUUGCCCACCAAGUUCCCAACGCCAAGAAGCUCAGGCGGAAGGAGCAGCUAUGGGAGAGGUUGGCCAAGCAGGGAGAGCUGCCCCGGGAGGUGCGCAGGGCCCAGGCCCGACUCCGCAGCCCUCCCGUGGCCACGGCCAAGCCUGGGCCCCAGGACACCAUCGAGCGGCCCUUCUAUGACCUCUGGGCCCCAGACAACCCUCUGGACAGGCCGCUGGCCGGCCAGGAUGAGUUUUUCCUGGAGCAGACCAAGAAGAGAGGGGUGAAGCGGCCACCGCGCCUCCACUCCAAGCCCUCCCAGGCGCCUGCCGUGGAGGUGGUGCCCGCCGGAGCCUCCUACCGCCCCACCUUUGAAGACCACCAGACCCUGCUCUUGGCGGCCCACGAGGUCGAGCUGCAGCGGCAGAAGGAGACGGAGAAGCUGGAGCGGCAGCUGGCCCUGCCUGCAGGAGAGCAGGCCGCCACCCAGGAGUCCACAUUCCAGGAGCUGUGCCAGGGCCUGUUGGAGGAGUCGGAUGGCGAGGGGGAGCCCGGCCCGGGCCAGGAGCCUGAGGCUGCAGGAGCUGAGGCCGGGCCCAUUCCCACCCGCCCAAACACCAUGGAGAAAAAGACAGAGCAGCAACGGCGGCGGGAGAAGGCGGCUCGCAGGCUGCGGGCACAGCAGGCCGUGGUGCGGGCCGCUCGGCUCCAGCACCAACAGCUCAGCUCAGACCUGUCUGACUCGCUCAGGACCCUGAAGCCCGAGGGCAACAUCCUCCAGGACCGCUUCAAGAGCUUCCAGAGGAGGAACAUGAUCGAGCCUCGGGAGAGAGCCAAGUUCAAGCGCAAGUACAAGGUGAAGCUGGUAGAGAAGCGGGCAUUCCGCGAGAUCCAGUGA